CAAAUGUGAGAACAUCAGAAAAGCUUUUCCAACUUGUAAAAGCUUUCUGGAAAUAGUUUCGCAAUCCUAUCUAAUCGAGAUAUUUCAAUACGAAAAAAUGGGGGCCAGGGGCAAAAUUCUCUAAGCACAGGUAUGCGAGCACAGUUCACAUGGUGGAGGAGGCCAUCCACCAAAGGCUUGACAUCCCAUCUGAAACGGCCACCAUUCGCAUUGCCGAUUUAGGGUGCUCAGUGGGACCGAACACCUUCCACUCCGUGCAGACAGUCGCGGAAGCCAUGAAAACCAAGCUCAGAAGCUCACCUUCGCUCCAGGGCAAACCGUUCCAGCUCCAAGUUUUCUUCAACGACCAAGUGGGGAACGACUUCAACACUCUAUUUCAGACGCUCCCUCCAAACUGGCCAUACUUCGUUGCAGCAGUCCCCGGUUCCUUCUACUCACAGCUGUUUCCUCAGGACUCGAUUCACUACUUCAAUUCCUCCUUUGCUCUGCACUGGCUGUCCAAGGUGCCCGAUGGGUGCUGCAACAAGGGCAGGCUGCACUGCCAUGGCGGGGACCGUGAUAUAGUGAGUGCCUAUCAAGCGCAGUUCAGGGCAGACAUGGCUGCCUUCUUGGCGGCCAGGGCUGGGGAGCUGGUUGCAGGAGGACUUCUGGUGCUGCAAUUCGUUUGCCGCCAUGAGUGGAUGCCGGCAGAUGCGCCGCGCUACGACAUGUGGUUCGCUUACAUAGAAUCCAUUCUUCGAGAACUCGUCGCCGAGGGAAAGGUUAAGGAAGAUGAUCUGGAUUCUUUCCAGCUGCCAAUUUAUUCACCAACCAUUGAAGAGUUCAAGGAGAUCGUCGGCAAUAUCAGCUCUUUCUCCGUCCCCGUGGCACAGAUAGUCGAUCUACAUCAUGGAGACGACGACGGCAAAACCCAUGAAAUCUGUGAGUCGGACCGCUGUGAACGGGCUAGAGACGUAGGCCUUGCAGCCCGAGCAGUGUUUGGAGACAUGGUCGGGAACAAAUUCGGCCGGGACACUGCCGACGAGUUGUUCCGAAGGUUUCCUGAAGCAGCGUAUGAGUACUUUGUGACUCACCCAAACACGCCAAGCUUGCCGCCCACUGCGUUUGUUGUUCUAAAGAAAGAGGACUAAUUGCACCCACCUAUCAGAGCCCCUUGUAAAUGGAAUUUGUGUUUGACAAUAUAUCCAUAACUUGGUCCGAACUAUUGACGUGUGAUGAUGUAGAAUUCAUUUAUUCCGCAGAUGUGCUAUCAGGUUGUAUCUAAUGAAUGUAAUAUCUGAUCAGUAUGACCCUAUGAGUCAUCUGUUCUCAUGAGCAGUAUGGCAACCAUUGUCAUAAAUAUCAUUUACUAGCUAUAAACAGCAAAGUUUUUCUUGGAUAUAAUGUUGGGAA